GAAAUAAAAUUAAAGUUUAUUACGUAUUUAAGAGUUUAUAAAUAGAAGUUAAAGUUAUAUCUAUAACUAAUGCGGUGAAUGUGUGUUAUAGGUAGUAGUUAUUGCUGGAAUGUAUAAUAUAAGAAUAUUAAAUAGAUUACAUCGUCUUCUUGUUGUACCACCAAUAUUUACAAAAAUAACAGUACCUAAUAAUAAUAUUAAUAUCAUAAAAAAAGUUAACAAUAUUAAUUAUUUAUCAUUUUCAUCAACACGGUUAUUGUGUUCAAAUCAAAAUAAAAUGGGCUCCCAAAAGUAUAGUAAAGAAGAAUUAAAAAAACGUUUAACACCAUUACAAUAUCAUGUUACACAAGAAGCUGGAACUGAACGACCAUAUUCAGGAUGCUAUGAUAAAACAUUUGAUAAAGGUACUUAUGUUUGUAUUGUUUGUGAACAACCAUUGUUCAAUUCUGAUACAAAAUUUGAUUCUGGGUGUGGAUGGCCUGCUUUCAACCAAGUGUUGGAUGCAGGAAAAGUAAAACUACUGAAAGAUACAAGUCUAGUUGGAUCGAACCUCUUACUACUGGUUAAACAUCCAGAACGAAUCCGAACGGAAGUACGCUGUUCAGAAUGCAAUGCACAUCUGGGUCAUGUAUUUGAUGAUGGACCGUUACCAACAAGGAAACGUUUUUGUAUCAAUUCAGCAUCCAUCAACUUUAUUCCAAUCAACAAUGAAUCAAAAACAUCAAGUAGUUAAUAUAAUUUAAUAAAUAAAUAAUUAAUUGAUUCAUA